UACUGUAGAACUGUUUGUUUCAUGGCAGAAAGCAAUCAUUCAGCAGUUACUGAGUUCAUCCUCUUAGGCCUCACGGAUAACCCAGAGCUUCAGCUCAUUUUCUUUUGUGUUUUAUUGUUGAUCUACUUGAUUACUGUCCUGGGUAAUUUUGGUUUGAUUGUGCUAAUACAAGUGAGUCCUCAACUUCACACGCCCAUGUAUUUUUUCCUCUGUCAUCUGGCUUUUGUGGAUUUUUAUGGUUCCUCCACCAUCACACCAAACACCCUUGUAAACACUUUUCGUGAAAUUAAAAGCGUGUCAUUUUAUGCAUGUGCCACUCAAGUGUGUGGCUUUAUCACAUUUUCAGUUUGGGAAUUAUUAAUGCUGUCGGUCAUGGCUUAUGAUCGGUACGUGGCAAUAUGCCACCCUUUACUCUAUGUGGUUCUUAUGCCUAGGAAACUCUGCAUCCAAAUGGUCACCAGCUCUUAUAUUUAUGGAUUCCUGGUGGGAUUCAUACAAGCAGUGGCUACAUUCCACAUGGCUUUCUGUGGCCCUAAUGUGAUCAACCAGUUCUACUGUGAUGAUGUUCCUUUGAUUGCUCUGGCCUGCUCUGAUACGCGAGUUAAAGAGCUGAUGUUAUUAGCCAUUGCAGGAUUCAAUGUCUUCUGUUCCCUUCUCAUUGUUCUCACAUCCUAUGUGUUCAUCGUCUUUGCCAUCAUGAGGAUCCAUUCUGCUGUAGGGAGACAGAAAGCCUUUUCUACCUGCGCCUCUCACCUGUUUUCUAUUACUAUGUAUUAUGGGACCCUCAGUUUUAUGUACCUGCAGCCCAAGUCAAGCCACUCACUAGAUAAAGACAAAUUUGCCUCAGUUUUCUAUACUGUGGUGAUUCCUAUGCUAAAUCCACUGAUCUACAGCUUGAGGAAUUGGGAGGUAAAAAAUGCUUUGAGAAAAAUAACUGAAAAGAUGUAUUUGAAUAAAAAAUAA